CUCCUCGGCCUCAGCCCCUCUGGACUACAGCCCCCAGAAGGCCUCGGGGCUCUGCCCUCGGACUUGCGCAGUAGCGUUCGUUGUAAAGCGCUAUGACAACUGGUCGAAGAUGGUUUGGAGUUAGGCACCGGUGGGGAGGUGUCCCUUCCGCUGCUGCUGUCCUUUUCCUGCUACACCUCGCUCACUGCCUUCAUCCUUUCCUCCUCUGUGCGAUCAGCAGGACGUGCCGUUCUUGCCUGCCUGAUCUCUCCCAAGGGACUGAUGCCGUUUCCCCUGCUCGUGUCCGGGGGUGACAGAGAAGGGAUGCAGAGGAGCUUCUUGGGGUGAUUCCUCCAACUCUGGAACUGGUGGUGCUACCUGGCGAGGCUGUCCCCUUGCCCGGGACGUGGGACAAGUUGGAGGAGGAGAACGAGAGGGAGUAGUGAAGUCAGGGUUGCUCUUCUCUGCACCCCCAGCUCUUACUCUCUCGUUCCAGCCCUGGGACCCUGGCAGGCGUUCUGCGGAGAGAGUUCCAGGCAAGGUGGGGCAGGACCCACCUGAUCGGCGUCAGAGUGAACGAAAAUGUCUUUAUUUAAAGCCCGUGAUUGGUGGUCUACUGUUCUGGGACAAAAAGAAGAAUUUGAUCAAGGCUGUUUGUGUUUGGCUGAUGUUGAUAAUAGUGGAAAUGGACAAGAUAAAAUAAUUGUGGGUAGCUUUAUGGGAUACCUACGAAUCUUUAACCCCCAUCCUGUAAAAACAGGAGAUGGGGCUCAAGCUGAAGAUUUGCUUCUAGAAGUUCAGCUACGAGAUCCAAUACUACAAGUGGAAGUAGGAAAGUUUGUUUCAGGCACUGAAAUGCUUCAUUUGGCUGUGUUGCAUUCUAGAAAACUUUGCGUCUACUCUGUCUCAGGAACCUUGGGUAAUGUGGAACAUGGGAACCAGUAUCAGAUCAAACUGAUGUAUGAACAUAAUCUUCAGAGAACAGCCUGCAAUAUGACUUACGGAUCAUUCGGUGGUGUAAGAGGUCGAGAUUUAAUUUGUAUCCAGUCAAUGGAUGGGAUGCUGAUGGUGUUUGAGCAGGAAAGCUAUGCCUUCGGGAGGUUUCUCCCUGGUUCUCUCUUGCCUGGCCCCCUUGCCUACAGUUCCCGGACAGACUCCUUCAUCACUGUCUCUUCCUGCCGACAAGUGGAAAGUUACAAGUACCAAGUACUCGCUUUUGCAACAGAUGCAGAUAAAAGACAGGAGACUGAACAGCAAAAACUUGGUUCUGGAAAAAGACUUGUUGUAGAUUGGACUCUAAAUAUUGGAGAGCAAGCCCUUGAUAUAUGUGUUAUGUCUUUCAAUCAGUCAGCAUCUUCUGUUUUUGUUCUUGGUGAAAGAAACUUUUUUUGCCUUAAGGACAAUGGUCAGAUUCAAUUCAUGAAGAAACUUGACUGUAGCCCAAGUUGUUUUCUCCCGUACUGCUCAGUUUCUGAAGGAACAAUAAAUACUUUGAUUGGAAACCACAGUAGCCUGUUGCAUGUUUAUCAGGACGUGACACUGAAGUGGGCCUCUCAGCUUCCCCACGUGCCUGUCGCAGUGAGAGUGGGCUCUUUACGUGAUUUAAAGGGGGUAAUAGUUACCCUGAGUGAGGAUGGUCACCUGCAGUGUUCAUACCUGGGGACAGACCCGUCUUUGUUCCAAGCCCCCAAAGUUGAGUCCAGAGAACUGAAUUAUGAUGCACUUGAUGCAGAGCUGAAAGAACUUCAGAGAAUCAUUAAAGAUGUUAACAAAUCACAAGGUGUUUGGCCCAUGACUGAGAGAGAAGAUGACUUGAAAAUUUCUGCCGUGGUUUCUCCUGACUUCGACUCCGUGUCUCAAGCUCCUGACGUUGAAGUGGGAACUGACCUUGUCCCUUCAGUCACAGUGAAGGUCACACUGCAGAAUCGAGUGGCAUUGCAAAAAGCCAAAUUAUCAGUCUACGUGCAGCCACCUUUGGUAUUGUCACGUGACCAAUUCACUUUUGAAUUGACCGCACCAGAGAUGACUAGAACAGUGGCCUUUUCUGUUUUUCUGAAAGGAAGUUAUGCACCACCUGAAUUGGAAGGAAAUGCUGUUGUUUCUUAUGCCAGACCAACAGAUCGAAGUCCUGAAGGCAUUCCUCGGGUUACCCAAUGUAAAUUCAGACUUCCCCUGAAAUUAAUCUGUCUACCAGGCCAACCUUCAAAAAUUGCAAGCCACAAACUAACGAUUGAUACCAACAAACCUCCAGUCAGCCUUCUCAGUCUCUUUCCAGAAUAUGAAAAUGCCUCCAGGAUUUUUCCCUUGCCUGUUCAAAGGCGAGUAGCUUAUAUCAACAAGCUAGUAAUAAGCAUUUUUAUUAAUUAUUUUUUCCCUCUCCUAGAACGAUAUCGCAUUCAGAGUGAACAAUUUGAAGAUCUUUGGCUCAUAACAAAUGAACUUAUUAUCCGCCUCGAAGAAUAUUUUGAAAAGCAGGGAAGCAAAGAUUUCGCAUGUUCUUUUUCUGGAUCCAUGCCCCUUCAAGAAUAUUUUGCAUUGAUCGAUCAUCAUUUUGAGCUGCGGAUAAAUGGUGAAAAGUUGGAAGAACUCUUAUCUGAAAGAGCUGUGCAAUUUCGGGCCAUCCAGCGCCGGCUGUUAACAAGGUUCAAAGACAAAACUCCUGCCCCCCUCCAACACCUGGACACGCUGCUGGACGGCACCUACAAGCAGGUGAUGGCGCUCGCAGACGCCGUGGAGGAAAACCAAGCCAGUGUGUUCCAGGCGUUUAGCAGGCUGCGCAGCGCCACGCACCUGCUGCUUCUGCUGGUCAGGCUGUGGCAGAAGCUCAGCGUUGACCAGGUGGCCAUCCUGGAGGCGGCGUUCCUGCCUCUGCAGCAUGACACUCAGGAACUGGGCUGGGAGGAAACGGUGGAUGCGGCGGUUUCCCACCUCCUGAAGACCUGCCUCUCCAGGAGCUCCAAGGAGCAGGCUCUGAGCCUGAGCAGCCAGCUGAGCAAGCCCAGGGACACCAGCCGCCUGAAGAAGCACAUCACCUUGCUCUGCGAUCGCCUGGCCAAAGGCGGCCGCCUCUGCCUGAGCACCGACGCGGCGGCCCCGCCCGCCAUGGUCAUGCCAGGCGGCUGCGCUCCGAUUCCAGAGUCAGACCUGGAGGAAAGGGCAACAGAACAAGACUCCACCGAGCUGUUCAGCAGCCACAAGCACCUCACGGCGGAGCCGCCCACGCCUGAAGUUGCACCCCUGCAAGGAGUCUCGGAAUAGUUCACGUAGAGUUGUCCGGUUGAGGGGAAGAUGGCUUGCCCCGGGCUGACGCUGUGUGGACCUCGUGCCAAGCGCAGGCGUAGGGCUGGCCCAGGUGCUUCCUCUAGCUCACCUGUCUGGACAUGGCACCGUGUAGAGAUGGGGGCCAGGACUUUUAUUUUGAUGGGCAAGUCCACUGAAACUUGUCCUACCAGGAGACGACAUUGCUGCUUGGUCAUCCGUGGGUUACAGCCACGGGAGACAGUGACACGGCAUCUUUCUGGGACAGACUUUAUAAUGCAGAGACCUAGAUCCAAAAUAAUUUGAUAACCGUUAUUUUUCAGAAUUCUUAUAUAUAGUACAUGUAUCAAGUUUAAUAAAACAGCUCAUUGUC